UAUCACAUGUUUCUUUAAAUUUGCCCCAAUUUUAGCUUUAGUGUGGUUAUUUUUUGGUGUUUUUAAAUUUAAUUAAUUAUUGGACCGAUCUGCUAAGUCUUUAUGUUAAUUUUAAAAUAAGGAUAAAUUCAAUUUACAAUGGAUCUAGAUUUGUUUGAUGUGUUUGAACAAGAUGAACCAGUGGAGGAUAAUUCAAGAAGGAAACGAAAAUCUCAGCUGGAAAAUAAUUCAGAAAAAAAACCAAAGAAUUCUCCAGAGGAUGUUAUUACUAUUGUCGAUGAUAUUGACCUCAGAGUACAAGAUGUAGAUGAACGCUUACCGUCUAUUAAACUCGAAAAAACAGUAAAAGAUGAGGACGAUAAUGACAUUAUUAUUGAACCGAUUGAGACCAUUGAUGAGGAUAAUGAAGGAAAUAGCGCCGAAGAUGCCUUGAGACUUGAUAAUUUGAUUUCUAAAGUUUCUAUUCAUCAACUGGAUGCAGAAGGAGGCUGUUUACACGAAGUUGUCUGUCCGAUCGAUGCUGAAUAUGUUCCACUGCGGGACUUGAGCGAAAAUGAAGGCUACAAACCUGCCAAAGAAUACGAGUUCACUCUUGAUCCGUUUCAAAAAAAGGCGAUCCUCUGUAUUGAAAAUAACCAGAGCGUUCUUGUGUCAGCUCACACCUCGGCUGGUAAAACUGUUGUAGCAGAGUAUUCUAUUGCCAAAUCACUGCGUGACAAACAAAGAGUAAUUUAUACCACUCCAAUUAAAGCUUUGAGUAAUCAAAAGUACAGAGAAUUUUUCGAAGAGUUCAGAGACGUUGGUUUGAUUACUGGAGAUGUCACCAUCAAUCCAUCCGCUUCUUGUCUUAUCAUGACCACUGAAAUUUUGCGAUUAAUGUUAUUUCGAGGUAGUGAAAUCAUGAGAGAAGUUGGAUGGGUCAUUUUUGACGAAAUUCAUUACAUGAGAGACAAGGAAAGAGGAGUUGUUUGGGAAGAAACGAUAAUUUUGUUGCCAGAUAAUGUGCAUCAUGUUUUUCUAUCCGCUACUAUUCCAAAUGCUCGUCAAUUCGCUGAAUGGAUCACACAUCUUCAUCAUCAGCCUUGCCAUGUUGUUUACACUGACUUCAGACCAGUACCACUUCAACAUUACAUAUUUCCCGCCGGAGGUGAUGGUCUUCAUCUUGUUGUCGAUGAUUCGGGAACUUUUAAAGAAGAUAACUUUAAUCAGGCGAUGAGCGUUAUUGCAAAAGCAGGUGAUGCUGCAAAAGGAGAUUCAUUCAGAGGCCGAAAAGGUGGCGUUAAAGAACAAUCCAACUGUUUCAAAGUUGUCAGGACUAUUAUGGAAAGACAAUUAGCACCAGUUAUCGUUUUCAGCUUCAGUAAAAAGGAAUGUGAAGCUUAUGCUUUACAAAUGUGCAAACUCGAUUUCAAUUCUCAGCAAGAGAAAGAAUUGGUUGAAGAAGUCUUCAAGAAUGCCAUUGAGAUUCUUAGUGACGAAGAUAAAAAACUUCCUCAGAUAGAACAUGUGCUUCCACUUCUGAAAAGAGGAAUUGGUAUUCAUCACAGUGGUCUUUUACCUUUGAUCAAAGAAACAAUUGAAAUCCUUUUUGGCGAAGGAUUGAUUAAAGCCUUAUUUGCAACAGAAACUUUUGCAAUGGGACUUAAUAUGCCUGCAAGAACAGUUGUAUUCACUAAUGCUAGAAAAUUUGAUGGACGUGAUUUUCGUUGGAUAUCAUCUGGUGAAUAUAUUCAAAUGAGUGGACGAGCUGGUAGAAGAGGUAUCGAUGACAAAGGAAUCGUUAUCCUCAUGAUUGAUGAAAAAAUGAGCCCUUCAGUUGGUCGUGAUUUAAUCAAAGGUAAACCCGAUGCUAUCAACAGUGCAUUCCACUUGACAUAUAACAUGGUCUUGAACUUACUGAGAGUUGAAGAUGUUAACCCUGAAUAUAUGCUGCAACACAGCUUCUACCAAUUUCAACAUUAUGCUGAAGUACCAAAUUUGAUAGAAAAACUUAAGAAUUUGGAAAAACAAUACGAUAGUCUUGCAAUUAUAGACGAGGAGAAUGUUUCCAAUUACUUUAAAAUCAAAAAUCAUCUUUCCUCUCUCACUGAUCAAUUUCUUGAGACUAUAAGACAGCCUGGUUAUUUAGUACCUUUUCUCCAACCAGGACGUCUGAUGAAGUUCGUCAGUGACGAUGGCGUUGAUCUUGGAUGGGGUGCUAUUAUUGAUUUUCAAAAGAAACAUAACAAAAAACGCAAUCCAGUUCUUGACGAGAGUGCAAUUUAUUCAAUCGACUGUAUCAUCAACAUAGACCGAUCCUCUGAAAGAUCUGGUUUAUUCAGACCUCCAGUAAAACCAAAUGACGGAGAAAUGAGAGUUAUAUCUGUUAUGUUGAAAAACAUAACUCAAAUAAGUUCUGUUCGUAUUUUCAUUCCUCAAGACAUCAAAAGCUAUGAUAGCCGACAAUCUGUUCGUAAAUCAAUGUUGGCUGUGAUGAAACAAUUUUUUGAUGCUCCACCUCUACUAGAUCCAGUUAAAGAUAUGAAAAUUAAUACAAAAGAAUUCAAAACCCUCGUUAGUAAGAUGGAAACCGACAAAAAGCGACUCGAUGCAUGUAGAAACAUAACUGAAAAACAAAAAGAACAAUAUGAAGUCAAGAAUUCAAUUGCUGAUCAAAUCAAACAAGUUAAAGCAGAAUUACGGAAAGCUCAGAGUCUUCUUCAAAUGGAUGAAUUAAAAUGUCGGAAACGAGUACUUCGUCGUUUAGGCUACUGUACAGCAUCUGAUGUCAUUGAAAUCAAAGGACGUGUUGCUUGUGAGAUAACAAGUGGAGACGAGCUAUUGAUAACUGAAAUGUUAUUUAAUGGACUUUUCAAUGAUCUAAACCCAUACCAAACUAAUGCUCUUCUAAGUUGUUUUGUAUUCGAAGAGAAAACUGAACAAAUGCCUAAAUUAACAGAUGAAUUGUCCAAACCUUUAAAGCAAAUGCAAGAACUAGCCAAAAGAAUAGCGACAGUAUCCAAAGAAGCUAAAUUAGAAAUAGACACUGAAGCAUACAUUUCUUCUUUCAAGCCCAAUUUAAUGGAUGUGAUCUAUGCGUGGUCUAAAGGUGCUACUUUUGCCCAGCUUUGUAAGAUGACUGAUGCCUUUGAAGGAUCGAUUAUUCGUUGUAUGAGGCGAUUAGAAGAAUUACUCCGUCAAAUGGUCCAAGCUGCAAAAGUAAUUGGUAAUACUGAUUUAGAAAAUAAAUUUUCAGAAGCUGAUAAACUUAUAAAACGAGACAUUGGUUUUGCUGCCAGUCUUUACUUGUAACAAAUUGAUAUUUUCUCACAAUCGCCAGAAAUUUUUCAUUGCAUAUUAAACCUGUCAUGUUCCUUUCUUAAUCAACAAUUCUUGUGACAAUUUUCUCUCUUGCUGUAAAUGAAAUGUACAACACUUGAAAUACCAUGUAAAAAGCUAUCAAUGAAAAAUAUGACUUCUAUCAUUUGAAUAUAAAA